AUGGAGGCAAGCAGGGACGGAAUUGAAAUUGCGAGACGGACGCAUCCAUCCAUCGCGAUGGACCAACGCAGGGCGCCCAUCGAGCUCCUCCUCGCGCGCCGCUGCAUCGAGCGCGACAUCCCGUUCCUCGGCAUCUGCCGCGGCUCGCAGGUGCUCAACGUCGCCUGCGGCGGCUCCCUCUACCAGGACGUCGACCAGGAGCUCGCUUCCCGUGCCUCCGAAACCGCCGUGUGUCACAUGGACUACGACAACUACGACGGGCACCGGCACCCGGUGCGCGUCCUCCCCGGCACGCCGCUGCGCGAGUGGUUCGCGGAGUCGCUCGGCGGCGAAGAGGGCGACGAGAUCAUGGUGAACAGCUACCACCACCAGGGCGUGCGUCGGCUGGCCGAGCGGUUCGUUCCGAUGGCGUUCGCGCCGGACGGGCUGGUGGAGGGGUUCUACGACCCGGACGCGUACAGCCCCGGCCAGGGCAAGUUCCUCGUGGGGCUACAGUUCCACCCGGAGCGCAUGCGUAAGACCGGCUCCGACGAGUUCGACUACCCCGGCUGCGCCAAAGCCUACCGGGAUUUCGUCCGCGCCGUAGUCGCCUACGAGGCCAAGCUCGCCGCAGCUGCCGCCGUGCCCGUGCGGGGCCGGUGGGCGGCGACAAUGCCGAAGCUGAGCCACGGCAUGGAGAAGCAUCGCAAGGUGCUCGUCCGGAGCUUCUCGCUGGCCAAGAACAUGUACUUCGGCGGCGGCGACACGCAGAAGCCGGCGGCUGAGGCGGAGCGGCAGGACCUAGACGCUGGCGCUGAGUUCCUGGAGACGGCGGCGCUGAGCUCGCAGCAGGAGAAGCGCCUGAAGCAGAUGGGCGCGACGGUGCGGAACGCGUCCGGGUACCUCAACAGCACGCUGAAGGUGAGCGAGGACCGGGAGGCGGCGGCCAGAGCGCUCAUGGCCAAGAUGUCGGCCGCGCAGCUGUCCAGCCUCGCUGCAUUCUACCGCGCCAUGGGAGCCAUCUGCGCCGACCUGCUUGACGCCAAGCUCCACCCAGCGUCUCCGACUCUGCACGAGUGA